CUAAGGGAGGGGUGAGGUGGGGGGGGGGGGAGGUGGCACUGUAUAAAAGAAGCUGCCUUGAGAUUUCUAAAAUUCAUACAAAAACUUCCUAGGUAAGGAAACUUACCAGAUUUUGCCACCUGAUCUUUAGUGAUGGACCCAGAAGCAACCUCUGUUUAUUGGGAUUAUUUAUAUGGUACAAGCCCAAAUCCGGACGAUCUGGAGGAGACCCACUUCCAUGCUCCUUACACAUCUGUUUUCCUUCCCAUCUUAUACGCAACCGUGUUCCUGCUCGGAGCGCUGGGGAACCUCCUCCUCAUGAGCGUGUUGCAUUUCAAACGGGGCAGCCGAAGACUGAUCGACAUCUUUAUCCUGAACCUGGCCGCCUCGGACUUCAUUUCCCUCAUCACGCUGCCUCUCUGGGUGGAUAAAGAAGCCUCGUUAGGACUGUGGAGAACAGGUUCUUUCCUGUGCAAAGGCAGCUCCUACAUGAUCUCUGUUAACAUGCACUGCAGCGUUUUCCUGCUCACCUGCAUGAGCAUCGACCGCUACCUGGCCAUUGUGUGUCCAGCCGUAUCCAGGAAAUUCCGAAGGAGAGACUGUGCGUAUGGAGCCUGUGCCAGUGUCUGGUUUGUCUCUUGCCUCCUGGGGUUGCCUUCUCUUCUGUCCAGGGAGCUCAUCCUGAUUAAUGAUAAGCCAUACUGUGCAGAGAAGAGGGCCACUUCAAUUAAACUGACUUGGGCCCUGGUGUCCUUAAUUGUUACCUUUUUUGCGCCUUUGGUGAGCAUUGUGACCUGCUACUGCUGUAUCACAAGGAAGCUGUGUGCCCAUUACCAGCAGACGGGAAAGCAUAACAAGAAGCUGAGGAAAUCCAUCAAGAUCAUAUUUAUUGUCGUGGCAGCCUUUGUAUUCUCCUGGCUGCCCUUUAAUACUUUCAAGCUCCUGGCCAUUGUCUCUAGGUUGCAGCAAGAACACUACUUUUCCUCGUCUAUUCCCCAGCUGGGCAUGGAGGUGAGUGGGCCCUUAGCAUUUGCCAACAGCUGUGUCAACCCUUUUAUUUACUAUAUCUUUGACAGCUACAUUCGCAGGGCCUUUGUGCACUGCUUGUGCCCUGGCCUCAAGAACUAUGACUUUGGGAGCAGCACGGAGACAUCAGAUAGUCACCUCACUAAGGCUCUCUCCAACUUCAUUCAUGCAGGGGAUUUUGCCAGGAGGAGAAAGCGGUCUGUGUCACUCUAAAAGGAACUCUGACUUUUCAAGCUCUGUUGGUGGACUGGACAGCUCAUUUGGGUGGACAAAGAAAGAAGAAGAGUAUUGCUAAAAGUAUUCAUAUUGCUUCAUAAAUGCAAGGAAGAGUUAAUUUUUAUGAAAAAGACAAUUGAAAAGUCUUUGUGUUUGUGGGUAUAAUUAGGCCAUAUGCUGGUGGGGUGGGGUUUUUUUGGUUUGUUUUUUUUCCAGCAGACUGGCCUUAUUUGACCCUUGCCAAUCCAGUUCACCGGGCAAAAUACAACUCCUUUAUGUCCUUGAACUCUGAGAUAAAGGCUCCUGCUAGGACUAGUUUCUUUCUUCAAGAUUCUUAAUGCACAUUUAGGCUUUUUUCU